ACAUCAGUAUUAUCUAUUAUAAUAAUCUCUGUACAUCACUGUCAUGGCUCUUUACUCACACAGAUCUGCCGGCUAUGCCUAUUAAGACCACAUUAUAUCGUUCAAUUAUACUAUUUGUAAAUGUUAUGUCAUGUGUGUCCUCCUCCGGUCCAGUUGGCGGCAGCUGCACCUGCCCGUGCGUAGGCAGAGUUCAGCGGUGUCCCGCACUGACACACACCGGCAGCUUAUCUGAGCUUCACCGGUUUAACCUCGAUAGAUUUAAAAGACAUCGCAAGAGAAACGAGAAGAGAUUUGACGUUUGCGGUGCUGAAUGUGCAUAUACAGCUGGCAUCUGUUCGUGAACCCCUCGCGGGAAAUGACCGUCCUCGCCGGUUUAUUAUUGUGAUUGUUCGAGGCUAGUCGAGCCGUUUUACCCACAUUCAUUGGGGACAGAUAUAUACAUUCAUUGGGGACAGAUAUAUACAUUCAUUAGGGACAUAUAUAUACAUUGAUGGCAGUGUCAGGAGGAGCCCGGCGGAUCCCGAUGGGUGUGCGAACGUUCAGCGAAUUUCUGGAAAUAGCGACCGGCGGACCGUGUCGCCCCGGCGGCAGCCCGUUUAAACAGAGAGAGAGAAUCCAGCGGUGGUCCAUCCGACAUUUGUCCUCCUGUGGGAUUCUAAUGACACGUUCUCCUCGAGUUCUCUGUCUGUCUAAAGUGGAUCAGACUCCCUCUCAUCACAGAAGAUCAUUUAUCAGCCUCACCAAUAAGAGAAAGGAGUAUUCAGAGAGGAGAAUACUAGGGCAUUCGAUGCAGGAGAUGUAUGAUGUGGUAGCCAAUGUGGAUGAGUACAAACACUUUGUACCGUGGUGCAAAAAGUCCCAAAUAAUAAUGAAGAGGGCCGGUCAUGCCAAAGCCCAGCUGGAAGUGGGCUUCCCUCCGGUUGUUGAGCGAUACACGUCUAUGAUAAGCCAUGUGCGUCCACAUCUUGUUAAAGCCGUGUGUUCUGACGGAAAGCUUUUCAAUCACUUGGAGACAAUAUGGCGGUUCAGUCCCGGUAUUCCUGGUUAUCCUCGCACAUGCACGGUGGACUUCUCCAUCUCAUUCGAGUUCCGUUCCUUGAUACACUCGCAGUUAUCAACUGUGUUUUUCGAUGAGGUGGUGAAGCAGAUGGUGGCCGCGUUUGAGCGGAGAGCGUGCAAACUGUACGGACCUGAAACGAGAAUACCCAGAGAGCUGAUGUUUCACGAGAUCCAUCAGACGUGAGGUUCACCAUCACACAUGGACUCAACUGAAACUCGCAAUUAUAGAGCUUAAUCUGUAGACUAGUAUCACAAACAACACCUGUCCGGUUCACUAGUGUAUAUUUUAUUUUUAAAAUGAUAUUUCAGCGCAUCUGCAGUGUUACCCCUUAACCACACAAAUGAAGGAGAGACUUUGGACACGUUUGUCUUUGUUACCUCAAGUAUUCCUCUGUCAAGUAUUUUUUUAUUUUACAAUAUUUCUCGAGACAGGUACAGUGUCCAACUGUAAAAAAGUGAUAAAACUGUCUAUACAGAAAUAAUAUAUAUUGUGUUUCAUUAUAGUAACAUACUGCUUACUCGUUUUUGUCCUGCUGUGGGUUCAUUGGGGUCAUAUUUGUUCAAUUUAUUGUUGAAUUUCAUUUCAGCUAUUUGACUACUGCUGCACUGAAUUUAUAACAUGCAACUCAAAGGUUUGUGACUACAAACACUACUGUAAAUAUAAAUGUGAAAUGCUGUUAGUUGGCGUCAUCAAAUUUCCCCCCACAGCAAUCUUUAUCG